CUCCUUUGAUCCGCUGCCGCUGCAACUCCGCCCGCGCCGCGCUUCCCAAAUAUUGCUGUACAUGUACCUUACUGCCACAUACGACCACAGUAGCCACUCAGCCUCGUGCGAUAUUUGCUCUGCGCAGCCAUCCAUAGGCAACAGGGGACCGAUCAACACCUGGAUAUGUUUAUGAUUAAUGGAUCCAUUCGAUAAGAAUUAGAUCUUAGUCCGUGUUUCUGUGAACGCGUUGAACAUUGCUCGAAUUUACGGAACCGAUCGGUCAAUCCUUGCGGUCUAAAGGCUUUAAUUCCUGAGUAGCGGGGGCAGAGAAUCGCUAGAGCUUCCUUUAGACAUGACUUUGCUUGAUUUGGUUUCCUCUGCUUAUGAGUUUCAGUGUGACGAUCGCAUUGAUCGAGAUGUUAUGACGAUUCUUGAAUGUCCGGAACAGGUCUAGUAUGGAAUUUGUCGUUGCAUUGUAUGCCUUGUCGCGGAGGUCCGUAGGAGCCUGUGAUUCCGAGAGAAAUAGCGUGGAAUUUCCCGGUGGCCGGUUUCGAAUGGAUUGGAGAGGAGGAAGCCAGAUCCAUGCCAGUGUCUCAAUGCGGGUGACAACGACUUAAUUGGAAAAUUCGUGAGGCGUGAAUGGAUUGCGACUCGUAGAAUGUACAUUGCUGGACGUUCGCGAGGAGUUAGGAUCUGAAGGUUGCAGCACUGCGGGCUGGCUUCUUUCGUUGGAGAUCAAAUGCCCAGCGGCGAUCGGCUCGACUACGAUUCUAGAUCCGCCAAAAGAAUUUAAAUCCACAGGGGAUCCGAAUCAACGAGGAUAUCUCGUAGAUUGCGCAUUGAGAAAGGGGUCGGAAGACCACAUGCGGUAACGCGAGCAAUGACGUUGUGUGUGUUCGUUAUCAUUUCCUAUCUUCUCUUCCACGUGCAAGUGGAGGCCACCCCAAGCGAAGAGCAAGCGCUUAAACAGCUGAAAAGAAAAUGGGAAGUGUCAUCUCCCAAGGUGCGUUCGUGGGAUGAAACCUUGGACGCUUGCGAGCAGAAUUGGUCUGGUGUCCUGUGCGCCGGUAACCAGACGAAUGAUACUGCAAUUGGCUGCGCUAUAUCUGAACCGACCUGUUUUGUUGUUGGCUUGAAGCUGGCGGUAGAGGGACUAACUGGAGAGAUACCAGAGGAACUGUCGAACUUGGUGAAUCUUGAGAGACUAGAUCUCCAUGGUAACAGUCUUGUAGGAGAAGUGUCGAAUAACCUCAAAGAAAGCUUCCAAAGCAUUUUGUUUCUCGAUCUGUCAUCAAAUUUCUUAAAUGGAACAAUUCCAUUUAAAGGAGCUUGGACCGCCAAGUUUGACCAAAACUGUUUCGCGCAAGAAAAUGGCUGUCAGAUGGCGGACAACAUGCGCAGUGUUUCGCUUUGCAGUGCGUACACAGUCGUCAAACUCCAGGCUUGUGAGUCCUGGGGUCAACAACGCCGGACGCUUCUCAUUAUGGUCUCAACAGUUGUAUCCAUCUGCACUGUGAUCAUUGUGAUCUUGAUGUACUGUUUGGUGAUGCGUGCAAGGGGAAAAGCCAUGGUAGAAGAUCAUUGCUCAAGUGAACCAUGUUUCACCUCAAGUCUUUACACCGAAUGUAAGCAUUUUACUUACCAAGAACUGGAAACUGCCACCAACAAGUUUAGUCAGAAGAGGCUUUUGGGUUCGGGAGGCUUUGGGUUAGUUUUCAAAGGGCAACUGGCAGAUGGAACCCACGUUGCAAUCAAACAACUGGAGAAGGGUUCGACUCAAGGAGAUGUCGAGUUCUGGAAUGAAGUUUUGAUCAUAGGCACUAUAAAGCAUCCUAACGUAGUUAGCCUACUCGGGUACUGCAAGUCUGCUUUGGGAUCGGAGCGCAUUUUGGUGUACGACUACAUGCCCAAUGGAAGUGUGCUUGAUGCUCUGCUCGAUGAAAGAGACGGAGCAUUUCCAUGGGAGCUCAGGUUUCGAGUGGCUCUUGGAGCUGCCAGUGGAUUGGAAUUUUUGCACGAGAAGUGUUCCCCGAAGAUUAUACACAGGGACAUCAAACCCUCAAAUAUCUUGCUGGAUGACAAGUACAACGCACGUGUAGGUGACUUUGGACUCGCCAAAGUUGCGUUGACCGAUCAGAGUCACGUGACAACAAUAGUUGUAGGGACACAGGGGUUUCUCGAUCCAGAGUACGCAUUGACUGGCAAAUUGACUGAGAAAAGCGAUGUCUUCAGCUUCGGUAUGUUGCUAUUUGUUCUGAUCAGUGGGCGCUGUACGAUGGAGACGAAAGCUUCGCAGCGACCAUCUUCCAGGCAGCGAGUGUCAGAAUGGAUGCAAGUGCUGGCCAAAGAAGGCGAGCUAUCUGAGCUGGUUGACCCCCGACUCAACGGCGUCUAUGACAGGAACCAGAUGAGUCGCUGCGCCCAAGUUGCCAUGAUGUGUACUCGUAUCCGUGCUGACACCCGGCCUUCGAUGGGAGACGUAAGACGACUACUCCAAGGCUUCACAUGCCAACAGCCUCUGAGCGCCGUCUCAUCUCCAGCUUACUCCCCCAGCCUCCUCUCUCUGCGGCAAACCUACGCGCCGUCUCCUUUCACCCCCAGCCCUCAGCUGCAAGACUCCUUCGACUUCAGUCCCCCGCUGUACACCCAGCCGCGGCCGGACAACGGUCUGUGUUCGCCCUUCACUCCUUACAACACGGGCUUCAAUCGCAAUCGCGCUCCGUUCAGUCCCAACCCCCCGACGUUCACCCCGACCCCUUUCUCCCCCAUGUUCACGCCCAAUCACAAUCGAGCUCCGCGGCAUUACAGCCCUCUGAGCCCGCAACGAGAGUCCGUGGACUAUCACCGAUCUGACGAGUUCGAUGGGGACUCAGCAUCGGGCCGUUCCGAUACCGACUACCGCAACACCCCAGCUCCGUACAUUAUCGGUCGAUAAUCUGAAGCGAGUGAUUCUCUUCGUACUCAUUUUCCUGUUCGAGCAAAUAUUCCAGUGGGCACUUUUACGACCCUGCUGCUGUUGUGUACAUGAAACCGAUCGAUCCAAACAGCAGUGUAUACACUGCUUAGCCUCCGGCUCCUUUGCACACGACCUCAUAUCCAUCCAUCGAUGCAGCUGAUGUGGUCCAAAAGUCAAGCAGAAGUUGCUGAUGAUGAUUAUGAUGACGGUUCAGGGAGAAUGUAGUACUAUUGGAGCCACCGUUGCCACUUUCACCACGACGUAGAUCAAGUACGUUUGGAUUGAAUCUACUAUAGCAGUAUACUUUAAAUAUACCGAGGGAUGCAGUCUAGUGUAGCUAAUACGAGUAAAAUAAUUUAACCAUUAGAAAUGAUCAUGAAUCAAUUCAUCGCUGCAAAUGCAGAUAUAUACUUCACAGCAACCAACCUAUGAGGAGCAAGCGAUAAAGCUUUCCAGCCCUCAUUUCCGGCCC